UAAAUAGUGUAACCGUCAACAGAUUUGGUAUCGAAACUACUUUAAAAAAAAUUGUUUUAGGUACGGGAAAUAUUGCUGUUGAUUACCUGUUUUCGGUCGGUUUAUACAGUGUUUAUAAAGCUAACGUUUUAAAAAAAACUUUACAAGUGGAACCAUAGGUCGCUCUUUACACUUUUUUAACACAGAAAAAUAUGAGAAAAUGGUUUUAAUUCUUUUUUUCCAAAAAUCAAAUUAUUAAAAUUGUACAUGUAAAGGAAUCUCUUUUAUACCAUAACUCUAUUUUUAUAUGAUGUAAAAUAUUGAUGUUGAUGAGCGAUACAUGCUGUAAAUUGUACUACUGAAUUGACGAAUAAAAGUGGGAUGAACCCACAAAAGAGAAAAAAAAUGAUGGCACUGUGUUCUAAUACGCAUCUCGAAUAAAAACCACACUAGAUGUAAUAUCGAUGUUUUAAAAAUCAAGGAAUAUUGCUAAAAACAUGAGGCACACUGAAAUAUGAAUCCGAUUGCUUAGUAGGCUUAGACAAUAGAAAUUCUAUGAUUUGAAAUGUAUUAGACCUUGAAUAUACCAACCAUGAACUGAAUUUACAUCAUGUAAAAUAUCAUAUGAAAAUAAUAACUCUAUUUCCUUAUAGUUAAUUAUUUGCUAACUGUAUAUUCAUGUUUACUCAAUGAUGGGUUCAAUGAGGAACUGCUGAUAAUCUGAUCAGUCUUAUCGGUACGUAAGAGGUCCAUAGUACACAGCCACACCAAACGUUUGACCACUACUGACGCAUUACGCCUACAUUACAUCACGUUAGUUGUUAACACGACGUUGUCGGCAUUAUAGUAAAGCACAUUUCAUAUACAAUGUUUUUAAGGAUGACCACGCAGCACCUCUUACGAAUGAUGUUGGCAAUUGUUAUUACUUUUAUUUUAUCAGAAGGCCUGUUAAAUGUUGGUGCAACUACAACAGAAGAAUAUACCGGUACAAUGACAGUGGCUGUGACAGAAGAAACAUCGACGGAUUAUACAUACACCAGUACAUACUUUGAUACAAGUAUGUCAGCAUCAUCUAUAACAACAACAAAAACAAAACCAAUACCAACAACGAUGACUACUGAGCCAAUGUCGACACAAUCCACUUCAACAACAACAAUGGACAGUACUACUUCACCCUAUACAACAACAACAGCAACAACACAGGCAGAACCUAUGGGUAGUACAACACAAUCUAUAACUACGACAGAAUCAUCUACAGCAAUAUCAACACCAAUGGACAGGACGCCUACAUCAUCCUCAACAGCGAUUGAUUCAACAACAACAGCAGCAGCAACGACACAUACAGUAUCUAUCAGUACCGAAACAAAGUCGAAUGGUACAACACAAUCUAUAACUACGACAGAAUCAUCUACAACAAUAUCAACACCAAUGGACAGGACGCCUACAUCAUCCUCAACAGCGAUUGAUUCAACAACAGCAGCAGCAGCAACAACACAUACAGUAUCUAUCAGUACCGAAGUUUCCACAGGUAUGGUUACAAACACCCCUUCUGCUAUUACUACUACGAACAAGGUAACACCAACCAAAUGGCCAAAAAAAGAGGCAAUUCCAGAUGAAGUAUUGACAGUUGUAAAUGUGACAAUGUAUGUGAUUGCUUCAAAUGUCGCUAAAGAAUGUGCUGAUGCUCCCUCAAUAGCCAAAUGUCCUAAUCUUACUAAAGAAUUUAAAAAAGAGUUUGGCGAGGCAUACUCUGAAUUUGAUCCUAAAGCGUAUCAUAGGUUGGUCGUCACGGAUAUCUCAAGCUUUGAUAAAAGACCGCUCAAAGCAUAUACAACAGAAGAACAACAGCUCAACGUCGAUCAUUAUGUGGAGUAUAAAUAUACUAAGGAAUUAGAUGAGAUGUCCGUAGAAAAUUUUACAAAAGAAGUAUUUCGAGAUGAAACAUAUGGAAGCUUUACAUAUAAUGAUAGUUUUAUUGUCAUUGACACCGAUUUUUGCAAUGAGGAGUACUACUAUCCCUGCGAAGAUUCCUUUAAAUUUAGAUGUAAUGACGAAAAUAAACCAGAAUGUGCUUCGAAGUGUGAGGAUUCAUUUAAUUGGUGCCAUAAUGGAUCUUGCAGUGUUGGAAAUGGUGGUGAAAUAUCCUGCAAGUGUACGUCUGCAGAUAAUUUUAAAUACACUGGUUCACAAUGUGACCAAUUGGAAUGUGAGUCAAAAGGAGACCUGGUUUACUAUGGUGAUACGUGUGACAAAAAGUCAUGUUACAGAGAAGAUAAAAAAUGGUACAUUGGAAAAGAUUGCCAAUUCCCUGUAAACAAGAUCUGGUUAAUAGUUGGUCUGUCAGUUGGUGGCGCCCUCUUCCUGUUUAUGAUUACUCUUGUGAUUUGCUUAUCUUGUAAGCGCGUUGGAAGAAGGAAAGAUGAAGACGAUUUGGAAGAUUCUGUGGAUAACUCCAUUAUUUCGGCUUACGAAGACGAACGCCAUAAACUAUCUAGUCCUAUGCUGAGUGGUGUGAAAAAUCCCACAUAUCUUCAUGAUGAGGGUGAGAGCGGUGACUCAAUACACAAGGACCGGCCUUUCUCCUACUUUCAACCUUCCUCACCCGUGGACCCAUACUACAGCAAUACUACGUUUGGUUAUGGAAAUGAUGGACCGAGUAUAUUCCCGCCAGAUGACCCGAAUUCAGAAGUUGAAAUGCAUGCGGAGACCGAACAAAAACCGACCCAUGUUUUUACUAGUGAUCUCGCUCAAACGAACAAAAAAAACGUCAAGAAACAACAGACAAAAUCAACUGACAAGAAAAAGAAAAGUAGCAAGCAAGCAAACGAAUCGAAAAGGGGGAAAUCCACAGUGUCACCCGUAUUUGACUAUAAUGAGGAUAUUAUGUACCUCGAAGAAAAUACCUUAUGGAGUCCCGAAUUACUGUCGAAAAUGAAGCAGCCGAUUAGCAUCAAACGUGCAGAACCGCAAAACAUGGAUGCCUACAACUAUCCAGACGCCGAUUAUUAGGUUUUCCGACAAAAUCAAGUCACAGAAUAAGUAACAGGACGUGGCAACGUAGGUGUGUCAGGAUUACCAUCAAUCUACAUUCAAACCACUAACACUAGACCUGGUCUGGUAUUUUAUAGAACGUGAAAUGUUUUUUUUUAUGUUGGCCUACCGUAGUUGAUAUUUACUGUAGAUAGUAGCCGUACACAGUACGGCAGUUCUUCUUUAGUAACUUUUAUUUAAAAUAACUAUACAUUUAAUGAUACGAUAUAAUAUUGUUUUAGUAUAGUUCCCCUACACCUGUGUCUCAGGGCGCUGUCAAGCAAUCGCUGCCAGUGGUGGAUUCAAGGGAACCCAGUGUUGUUCACUCAUUUACGUUACCGUACUUAUUUACUCAUUUUUAGCUCCGAUGAGGAGCUCUAGAAACACUCGGCUAAUUGAUUAAUAGAUCUAUUUUGUAUGGGCUGCCGUUAGGGCCAAUAUACUCUACUGCCUCUAUUAUACUGCCCUCAUCGGAGCUUUUGAGAUUACAAGAACUUGUUACUACUGCCAAUACAGCGUUCAUUCAGUCUGUUACCAAUUACCACUUCGUGUAUACUAGCAUUAUAGGCCUAUUAUGUUUGGUUUGAGAGAAUGGAACCAUAAUAUUACGACUUUAGUGUAUGGAACAAGAAAUUCUUUAGUAAUGCCAAUAGGUCUACUGUCGCUUAUGUGUGUUUAUGUUGUGACCCACUCGGCCCAGCAGUACUGGUGAUAUACCAUACCAAGGCAUAAUUCAUAAACCAUUUACGAGUUUGUAAAAGAAUGUUGGGGUAAACAUAUUAUAAUAUUGGGGAGAAUUGGUCCAUCUUUUAGAAGAGAAAUAAUAAAUGACAUAAAAUCAUUGAACAAAAAUAAUAUUAAAACGCAUCCAUAUAAAUAUGCAUCUGCGUCUGAAGUGCUCAAUUAUGGUAUUGAAUAGUCUCUAUACCCAUAAUUUUGGACAGGGCCCCAGCGGCAGUUACCCGUACUGAACCAGUCAAUAUUUGGCUCCAAGUUUGGCUGCUGAUGAUAGAAAGUAAGUAACUGUAAGUGUAUAAAGUACUUGAGCUCAAUUACUUUGUCAGUGCUUUAGGUAUAAGCUAUUAUUCAUUGUCAUCAUUUUGUUUUCAAAUGGGAAACACUAAUUCGCAUUCCCUAAAACUGUUGUCAUAUAAACAGUCAUAAGCAAAUAAGCAGUUAAUAAGACGUACCUUAUGUAAAUAACAUUUUUCUCCAUGUGUGAAGUUAAUAUGUAACAUAGGAAGUGUAUUUUAUCAUUUGUACAUUUGUUUAUGGUGCAUUUUCCUCUCUUUGGUGUUGUUAAGCGCCUCGAGGUUGUGACAAUAUGAUUCAGAUUCAGAUUUAUUUGGUCCUUGCGGAAACUCAUUUAAGGCAACAAUCGCAAUACAAUGAGAUGCAAAAGUACAAAGAAAUAAAAACAAAGAAUAGCAAAAAAAAAAAUGCGCUAUAUAAAUACAGAAUUAUUAGUUAUAUUAUUAUUAUCAAGAUAUUACCGUUGUAUUAACCUGUAAGAAUUUCCUUUAGUAUGUUAAAUAUUCAUUAUACUGGCAUUAUAUUAUUAUUAUUAUUAUUAUUAUUAUUAUUAUUAUUAUUAUUAUUAUUAUUAUUAUUAUUAUUUUUAUUAUUAUUAUUAUUAUUAUUAUUUUUAGUAUUA